AUGGCAUUUAAUGAACAUCCAGCAGCUGUAAGUGCUCAUGCUCUCUGUGUUCGAGGCUCUACACCAUCGGCAAGCGUGCCGUGGUUCAUCGAGCACCGGGUUGAUAACGGCUCCGAUUCGCUGGGCACCAUCCGCUACAUCGGGCCCGUGGUCACAGCCAAAGACGCCUCUGCGCUCUACUAUGGUAUCGAAUGGGACGACUGGGGCCGCGGCAAGAACGACGGCAGCGUCGAGUUGCCCAGUGGUGAGCGCGUGGUGCAUUUCUCGGGCCCUCCAGGCCGCAAAUUGUCAGGACACGGAAGUUCAGUGAGCUACAAAUGUUCGUUCGCGAAAGCUACAGUUUUUGACAAGACAGCAGAACGAAGUUCGCUUCUACAGAGGCUGCAAGAGAGAUAUUCUAAUGAAGAAAUGUAUUCCAAGUCAGAGGUAGAAGCUCCAAGUGACGUGGUGGUGGCUGGAGAAGUGGGCACGACGCUGGGGAGCGAGAAGCCCAUUGAGUUUGUGGGAGCCAAGAAGCUCAGCACGCAGCAAACUCUGCAGACUAUCGAGAAAAUUUCACUUUCUGGCUGUCAAAUUGUGGAGUUAGGAGGCCAAGGAUUGGGCCAAUUGGCCCCACAUUUAACGGAACUGGAUCUGUCCAGGAACCUUUUUAGCAAGUGGAGUGACGUGCUCGCUAUUAUCCGCGAACUGCCGCUACUGGAGACGCUAAUUUUGAGUGGAAACAGGUUCACAGUCGAUGAAGAAAAUGACAAUAACGGAGAAGAAAAUUUCGAGAAUUUAAAGGUGCUCGUACUGAAUCAAACGUUAUUAUCAUGGAGAAAUACGGGGACGAUCAUCACUCGCCACUUCCCGAAGCUCGAACAGCUGCACUUAGUGGACAAUGAGUACGAAGACGACCAACUGACGGAGUUUAAAACAACUGGAGGUUGGGUGGAGACGCUUUCGGUGCUGGAUUUAAGUCUCAACCGCUUGAAAUCCUGGACCAAAGUGCUGGAAAUUAUUGGCGGCAUGUUCGUGAAUUUGAGUCAGCUUUUCUUGAAUGGAAAUCGAAUCGUGACGCUCGUUACUGACGCGAAGCCUAUUGCGUUCCAAAAGCUUAAAAACUCUGUCGUUGAGCGAGAAUUUGAUCGACUCGUGGACUUCAAUUGA